AUGGCGCUUGCUAAAAUCCUCACGUUGUGUGAAUUUAAAGUAUAUUAUCGGUUUUUAAUCUUAUCAAAACUCAACCCAUUUUUUGUCCAACUCUUUUAUUUCAUGUCCAUUUCUUCCCUAGGGUUUUUUGUUCUGUUGGCUUUGAAGCCGAGAAGUGCGGCCGAUUCCUUUAGGCCUAGAAACUUGGAUUUGUUCUUCACCUCCAUCUCCGCGGCAACGGUUUCGAGCAUGUUGACCGUGGAAAUGGAGGUUUUGUCCAACUCGCAACUCCUCAUCUUAGCCCUUUUGAUGUUCACAGGAGGAGAGGUCUUCACUUCCAUGUUUGGACUCUUCAUCAAACAAUUCACUCUCAAAAAAUCCCAACGUAAAGUCGCUUCCGUAAAUAGUGACGUCCUUUCUUCUCCAAACCCUAGUUGUAAUUUAGAAGAAACUGAGUUAAGCACUAUAGUAAUAGUUCCUCCACAAAACGGCAAGAUUGAUCAUGAGUCUUUUGAUUUAUGGUAUCUCAAGUAUUCUUCAAUAAAAUACUUGGCUUAUGUAGUAUUGGGUUAUCUUUUAAUUGUACAUAUUUUUGGCAUCACAAUGGUUUUUCUUUACCUAAUCAUUAUAACAAGCGCAAGAGAAGUACUAAACAACAAAGACCUUAAACUCUUAACCUUCUCAAUCUUCACAACCGUCUCAACUUUUGCAAGUUGUGGUUUCAUUCCCACUAAUGAAAACAUGAUGAUUUUCAGCAAAAACUCUGGCCUUCUUCUAAUCCUCAUCCCUCAAGUCCUUCUUGGGAACACUCUAUUUCCGUCGUUCCUUCGGUUUUCGAUCUGGGUUUUGGGCAAAUUGAAUGUUAAGAAGGAGGAAUCCAAUUAUCUCUUGAUGAAAUCUUGGGAAAUCAAGUAUCUUCACUUGCUUCCUAGCCUGCAUUCUUCACUUUUGGUUCCUAGUGUGUUUGGCUUUAUUUUGGUUCAAUUCAUACUUUUCGGCUCAAUGGAGUGGAGCUCAGAAGCCUUGAGUGGACUAAAUUCUUAUCAAAAAAUAAUUGGAUCUUUGUUCCAAUGUGUUAACACAAGACAUACGGGCGAAACUAUCGUCGACCUUUCGAUCAUCUCCCCGGCCAUCUUGGUGUUGUUCGUCGUCAUGAUGUACCUUCCACCUUAUACUUCUUUUCUUCCCAUAAAAGACGAUGAAGACCACGUGCGUGAUCCAGAAAUAACUUCAAAAAUUAUGAGGAGUAAGAAAAUGGGAAAUAAAUAUAUGGAGAAUUACAUAUUCUCACAGCUUUCCUAUCUGGCUAUAUUCAUUAUCCUUGUGUGCAUAACUGAGAGAAGAAGGAUCAAAGAAGAUCCACUCAAUUUCAGUGUUCUAAAUAUUGCUAUUGAGGUCAUCAGCGCAUAUGGAAACGUAGGUUUUACGACAGGAUACAGUUGCAAACGACAAAUAAACCCUUCAGACCAUUGCCAAGACAAGUGGUACGGCUUUGCAGGAAGAUGGAGUGAUGAAGGCAAAAUAAUCCUAAUAGUUGUCAUGUUAUUUGGAAGACUAAAGAAAUUCAACAUGAGUGGAGGGAAAGCAUGGAAGCUUUUGUAA